AUGGAUGACAGAACGUUCAACUUCUCUCAUAAAGAACUCUACUUGAUUGGAUUCACGGAUCUCCAACAGUAUCGGCAAUACCUUUUCAUUCCUUUUCUCAUAAUCUUUUCUUUCACGUUGUUUGCAAACUCUGUUAUAAUUCUGGUGAUUGUAAAAGAAAGCAAGUUACAUGCACCCAUGUACAUUCUGAUCGGGUUAAUUGCAGCUCUCGGGUUUAUACAGCCAAUAUUUCUUGUUCCAAGAAUGUUAAUCAGUUUUGGGUUUGGCAGGAAUAUGAUUUACAAAGAUGAAUGUCUUGUUCAAAUGUUUUGUCUGCAUAUGGCAGGUUGUUUCCAGUUGUCAAUUUUGGUUAUGAUGGCAGUCGACAGAUUUUUUGCCAUUAUUUUUCCCUUACGGUACCAUGACUAUGUAAACAUUAAAACAUCAUUAAUGAUCUGUUUCUCCUUUUUUUUCCGUAACUUGCUUUGUGUUGUUUCGAUGGUCAGCCUGAUUGGGCCACUAUAUUUUUGUAAAUCAAAUGUGAUUUAUCAUUGUGUUUGUGAGCAUACAUCAGUUGUUAAUUUAGCCUGUGGUGAUGUGACUAAGAACCAUAUAGCUGGAACAAUCGCUUUCAUCAUAGUAUCAUGUGAUUGUGCAUUUGUAAUCUGCUCUUACAUUGUUAUUUUUGUCAUUAUAUUUCGCUCUCCUUCUGGUGAGUCACGCCAAAAAGCCAUCUUGACAUGUAGCACACAUUUAAUGGCAUUAUCGGUGGGAUUUUUCUGUGUUGUUGUUGCAUUUGUUGGCUACAGGGUGCCUAACGUACCUAGAGAUAUCCGUGUAUUAAGCACCUUGUCAUAUCAUCUUAUUCCGAACUGCUUUAACCCAGUAAUCUAUGGAGUAAGAACAAAGGAAAUCAGAGUUCAGGUUGUUAAAUAUUUAUCUUCUAAAAAGGUUGAAUCAUAUUAA